UUUCUGGGACGGAUAUUUGUUUACACUGAGAAGAGACAGCGAAGGGCGGAAGUGUCAACAAAUCCACCCCUUUUUUUAUUAACUCCACCCUGGUAUCGUCGUAAGGGUCACAGACAAGCUUCUACUUUAGGCAGAGAACGUGCCAGCCAAAGACAGCCCUGUCGAUGACAGGUUAUGUUCUCUGGAGGAGGGACUGGAAACCAAGGCAAAAUUAAAGGCAAAGCAGGCAGUAGUAGCAGCAGCGGCAGCAGCAGCGGCAGUGGUAGUGACAGCAGCGAGAGUGCUGCAAGCGGAAGCAGCAGUGGCAGCAACAGCAUCAGCAGUCAUACCCACGACAGUGGCGAUAGCAGCAGCGGUACAACGCCCCUGGGAACCCCACCCCACGUCCAGAUGGCUUCUCAUGAGUCCCUCAACUCGGAAUCCAAGUCUAGUUCACUCAACUCCAAAUUAGGACAUGAAUCGGCUGGGUCACCCUCUGCGGGGUCUCCCUCCCCCCCAAAGAGUGCCUGCUCUUCCAGCUCCACUUCAACUGACCACCACCAUCAUCAACUGUCGCAUGUUCUCAGCGCAACUUCCAAAAUGACAGUACGUGAAGGGAGCAGAACCCUGCGACCUGACGAACCACCUCUCUUCCCUGGAGAACACUUGGAAGGAACUGCAAGAGAGGUGACCUAUCUUUGUCCUUACACAGGACCGAAAAAAGGGACGCUCUCUGUUACGAACUAUCGUCUUUAUUUCCGAAGCCCUGAAACGGAUCCUCCCUAUGAAUUAGAAGUGCCCUUAGGUGUGGUGUCACGGAUUGAAAAAGUAGGUGGAGCAAACACAAGCCGGGGGGAAAAUUCUUAUGGUAUCGAAAUAUUCUGCAAGGAUAUCAGAAAUCUUCGGUUCGCACACAAGCAGCAGACAGAAGUGCAGAUACCCCUGCACCUGGACCGAGAAUUGUAUUUCUCGAUACCAGUUUUCCGAAGGUUCAGAAUCCUACAUAAUAUUGCUGGAUAUGGGACCAGUCAGAUGAAUGAGGAGAACCAUUCGAGACGAAUGGUCACAGAGAAGCUUCUGCAGCAUGCCUUCCCAGCAUCACACAAAUUACCUUUCUUUGCUUUUGAAUACUGUGAACAAUACCCAGAAAAUGGUUGGACGCUGUAUGAACCAAUCGCUGAACUAAAGAGACAGGGUUUGCCUAAUGAAUCUUGGCGUAUCACAAAAAUAAAUGAGCAGUACGAGAUAUGUGAAACAUAUCCUGCUGUCUGGGCAGUCCCCGCUGCUGCCAGUGAUAACGACCUGCGAAGUGUUGCCACGUUCAGAAGCAGAGGGAGAAUUCCGGUCUUAAGUUGGAUCCAUCCUGAGAGCCAGGCAACUAUCACAAGAUGCGCUCAGCCUCUCGUAGGUGUGGGUGGGAAGCGCAGCAGAGACGACGAAGCUUACAUACAACACAUUAUGGAUGCCAAUGCCCAGAGUCACAAGAUCUUCAUUAUGGAUGCACGGCCAAAUGUGAAUGCUGUAGCCAACAAAGCUAAAGGGGGUGGUUAUGAAAACGAAGAUGCUUAUCAGAAUGCCGAAGUCCAAUUUCUUGAUAUCCACAACAUCCACGUUAUGAGGGAAUCCCUCCGAAAGCUGCAAGAGGUUUGUUAUCCUCACAUUGACAAUGCCCAUUGGCUCAGCAACUUGGAAGCAACACACUGGUUAGACCACAUUCGUUGUGUUCUCAGUGGCUCAUUAAGAAUUGCUGACAAAGUUGAGAGCCACAAGACGAGUGUGGUUGUUCAUUGCUCAGAUGGCUGGGAUCGCACUGCUCAGUUGACAGCUCUUGCCAUGCUUAUGCUGGAUGGGUAUUACAGGACUAUACAAGGUUUUGCUGUUCUUAUAGAAAAAGAAUGGCUAAGUUAUGGCCACAAGUUUGCUCAGCGAAUUGGCCACGGAGAUGAUCGACACCAAGAUGCUGAUCGAUCGCCAGUCUUCCUUCAGUUUGUUGAUUGCGUAUGGCAGAUUAUGAGACAGUUUCCUCAUGCAUUCCAGUUUACUGAAGAUCUUCUGUUGACUCUCUUGGACCAUCUUUAUUCUUGUCUCUUUGGUACAUUCCUUUACAAUAGCGAGCGGGAGCGAAUGGAAAAAGAGGUAAAAACCAAGACUAUAUCAUUGUGGUCUUUGGUGUUGAGCAACAUGUCUGAUUAUGAGAACCCCUUAUAUAACCCAGCAACACGGCACCACAUACUCUUUCCACUAACUUCUAUGCGGCAUCUUCGUUUGUGGGACAAAUAUUAUUGUAGGUGGAAUCCUUCCAUGCGACAGCAGAAAAGUCAAGUUUGCUUCUUGUCAACAGGAACCUGUACACAUAAGAUUCAAGGAACUUCUGCAUGUUAAUGGACAGCUAGAAAAGAGGGUGGAUGAACUUCGUAAGGAGUUAGCUGCUCGUCAGACUCAUGAGUCCCCCCGAGUCACUUCAGCUAUGGUUUAAUUUGACUAAAUAGUUCUUUUUAUCUGAUUUUCAAUUUGCUGACAGCAUAGCUACUAAUAUGAAAUAUAUCAGGUUUCCACAUUGUCGGCAGUACUGUGUAUCUUCAUGUAGAAUUUAAAAUUCUCAAAUUAUUUGAAGGCAUGAUGUUAUGGCAUCCACAAGAAAAUAGUUCAUUGCUUCAAACUCAAUGAUAACAGUAAAAUAUUGUCUUGGCCUAUAUUAUAAUUACAGAGGCUUCAUAGUAUUGCAUGUAUAUAGUAAUUCUCAUCAAGUUGGUGCUUUCAGUACUGUUGAGUGAUUUUGUAGUGUAAUGGUCACAUUUUCUAAACCACAUUCAUUUAUUUUUUUAAGUUUUUACUGAAGGUUGUGGGGCUGUACAAUGGGAAAGUCAUAGCCCAACUUUCAUAUUGGUUAAUCUACAAAUAUACCAAAAGUAUUUAGAAUAUAACAUGAAAGUAUAUGUAGAGUAUAUUGUAACUAGUCUUCCAUUGUUGAAAGGAAGAGAAAUUCUAUCAUUUUGAAAUUAUUGGAACGAACUCUAGUUUUUAAUUAUUUCUCGUCAUUUCUUUGGAAGUUAUUUCAAUCUGAAGUUCAAAAUUAUUGGCCCAAACUGAUAGUCAGGUAUUUAAGUCAUUCCUUGUACUGUACUGUAUGUAUACACACAAAAGGUUAGGGAGAAAUGAAAUUAACUUGUUACACAGAUGUAUUACUGUACAUAGUUUUGGACAGCUUAGUUACAGUAUGAGAGAUUAGUACUGAUACCUCAUGUUCGUUGUGCAGAUGGUACCUUGUGAUCCAUAUGACCCAUGUGUCGUUACUCUGAAAAAAUUGUAGUUAUGAUAUUAUUAACUGGGUAUCUGUCACUGAUGCUGCAGUUCAGUGCCUGUUAAGCUGCUUUGUUUCAUAUUUUGAUAUAUUUUAUGUAUAUUAACAUUUUAUAUAUAUAGAUGCCUUAUAUAUGCAUUAUUAAAGGAGAAAAUAGUCUUUGCAAACUGUUGUAUGGGUAAACUUGUAAACUUACACACUUUGCUUGAUUUCUUAAUUGUUAUUUAUUUCAUUUCAGUUAUAGGAAACUAAUGUAGGCAACUUAAGGUGCAAUGGCUUACAAAUUUUGUAAUGUAUCCUUCUUGCCCUCACAUUUUCCGUAUUUCUAAUGUCUAUCGUAAUUGCUUUGGAAUUAAAUGGGACUAACUCUUUGUAAGGUGGCAUAUUUCAACAGUAUUGCAAUUACAUAUGUUUCCCUCUACAAAAGAAUGCUCGUAUGAUAAAAUGAAUUAAUAUAUGGUAAUGACAAGGUCUUUUUAUUUCAAUUCAUUUUGAGAAUUACUGCUAAGAUUGCCAAAGAUACUGUCUGAGACUUCUGGUGGUAUAAAUUGACUUCAUUAAUGUUUAAUCUUAGAUUAACUUUUUUCAUAUGUACAUAGGUUUUGUCAGCUAAAUAGUUAAUUAUAAAUUAUACUAGCCAAAAAUUAUUUGCAAUGCGAUUUAUGGUAUUUGUUGUAUAUUUCUUAGGGAUCAACCGUUAAUGUAUGAUUGUACCCUUAAUUGGUAAGAGUUUAUGUUACAGGUUUGUUCUUAAAACGACUAAUUAUCUAGGAAAUUGGUUAGGGGAGAUUUGAAGGUACACAAAGUGCUUUCCUUCAAUACAUUACUUUCACUGACAAUUUCCCAUUGCAUGGACCAUACUGAUUUUGAAUUCUUUUACUUAACUUUUGAAUCCAGUUUUGUAUGGGCAUUUAUUUCAAUUAGAAGAGUACUUGCACUCAAAAAUCUUCUUUUGUGGUGUGUCCUUUGUAGUAUACACUUUCUUGAAGUUAGUGUUGGCAGAAGAAAGAAAUAGCGUUGGAUAUAGCGAACUGGAUGACGAAUGAUUUGAUGUAAAAAGAUAUGAAAAGUAAUGGAUCAUUUAAAAGUUGAAAUAUUCACUACGUUGAGAAAUUUCCAAAUUGAGAAAUAGAUAUGAACUAUGGUAGGAUGACUUAUCCAAGUAGAUAUGAUGUCUGAAGAGGUGAGAACCUACAAGAUGUUGAUAAACUGUAGUGCUUUUUUAUCAUCAGAAUAAAAAAAUGAUCUGCUAAAAGCAGCUGAAGUCUUUCUUUGGAGCAUAAGAGUUAAAAAAAAGUUGUAUUGCAAUACAUGUAAUGAAAUACACAGGAGGUGAAAAACAACAGUUUAAAAAUGAUAAUGGUACAAUUGCUGGAAAAUGCAUGGAAGAGUGCUAGAUGAAAGUUUAACAAAUGCUAUGAGAAUGAGCAAUUUUCAGAUUAUUUUUGGAGACCAACAUCAAAAGGUAAUUUUUAUAAUGAGGCAAUUACAAGUAUGUAACACCUUACAGGCUCAGCUGUUGGUAGGGAUUACAUAUAUUGUUCGCAAACUAGCAGUAUCCACUACAAAGGGUAAAAAAUUUGAAGGCAUAAGGUAUUGAAGGCUUGCACUUUUGUGUUUGUAUAGACGAUGUAGGUCGUGCCCUUGAUAUUCUCUGCCAAUUCUGAUAAUUCAUUACUUCAGUAAUACCUUGUAAUGUUACUAAAAGGUUAUUUCAUACUUUUGAUGUAACAUAUUAAUUUUGUUGUGACAAAAUUAAUAUGUUUACCUUUAUUCCCCAGUUUGGUUACAUUAAGAUUCCUUACCUAAGUUAUUGGCAAUCUUAGUCAGGUGUCUGCUAGUCCACAUGAAUGAAUGGUUAUGAAAGGCUUGAUGUUUAUACUCUGCUUACAUUAACAGUACAGUAAAUAUAUUGUCCGUACAAAUCUCGUGAUGAUUUCAUAAAUUCACAAAUCAUUUCUAGACUGAUACAAUUCCCAACAUAUGUUAGCAGUACAUACCCAUGACACGCUGUCAUUAAACACUCAUCAACACUUUGUCCUUCAUUUUUUAAUCUUAUUACUCACUACUAGUGCCUAAUCAUGGGAAGGGUACUGUAUAUAAAAGAAAAAUAUAUUUAGCUUUUCUUACAAAACUAUUUUUCUUAUAACAUACUUCGAAACACUUAUUUUAACAUACUUUGCAGUGCACUGCCAGUAUUCUCUCAUUUGGAAAUGAUUAUCUUUUUAUUUUUUUAUUUUUUUAUUUUUUUUCUCAUUUGCCUUUGCCAAAGGUUAUAAUUGGAGUAAUGUCAAUGAAAAUAUUUUGCAGAUUAUGUUUACAUGUAUUGCAUUUAUGUUUCUAAUUUUAAUUGUUUAUAUAUCUGUAUUCAAACAAUGUUUGUGUAAAUAAACAAGUCUAAUGAAAUUAAAUAUUUUGAUAACCGUU